GGGCUAAUCCUGUUGGGAGCUAAUUAGGUGUUGAUGUACCUGUACCUACACGUUAAUCAGGGUAUUCACACCUACCUGGAUCAUAUAUAGGAAAUCUAUGGUUACCUGGACCUACACAGUGCCCGUGAGAAGAUAGGGUGUCGUGGAUUUUUGCUGCUUCUAUUACAGCUGUGUGUGUGACGCCAAGUGGAGUACUUGCUCACAUCUUGAUGUUUUGAUGAACAGGAACUGGCAAGGGUUAGGUUUUGUAAUCAACCAGCCCACAUGUAGCCUCCCCCUAGUGUUGGACAGCUAAAGACACAAGCAGACGACACUUGUAGCAGGACACUGGUUGCAGCAGACGACACUUCCAGCAGUUUGCCAAGAAGAAAAUGUGGAGUUGAAAAGAGAUAUUAAGCCUGUGGAUAGACAUAAUUACUGAGUGGAAUCUAAAAGGUCAUAUUGCUCUGGAUUACUAACCACUUUGACUUUUUAAGAUGGGUUUUCUGUGGUGUUAUGUUUUGGUCCAUGUGACUUUGAUGCAAGUUGUGUUUUGUGAGGAGCUGACAUUGAACUAUCCCCUUCAAGAGGAGCAAAAUCCAGGUACAUUUGUUGGAAAUAUUGCAAGGGAUAGUAAGCUCUAUACUGCCUACAGUCCUUCAGAUUUCUUACUCUUGAGAUAUUCUUUAUUUACUCAAGCUAGCAAGGUUGCUAAAAAGUUUGAUAUUGAUGCAUCAUCCAGUACCAUAAGAACAACUGAACGUUUGGACCGAGAAGAUGAAUGCCGAGGCAAGAAGUUGUGCACACUCAGCAUCGAUGUGGAAGUUUACAUGGUCAAAGGCAACUCAGAAACUCCCGAUUUGAAGACAAUUAUUCGUGUCAAUAUCGAUUUACUCGAUAUCAACGAUAAUGCCCCAACUUUCCCCAAGAAUGUGGUGACGCUGACUGUGCCAGAGUCUGUGGCUGUGAAUCAAGAGUUGCUUACCAGUGGAGCAGUGGACCUGGACACUGGUGAUAACAAUUCCGUUGAGUCUUAUGAACUCAUCCCAAGUGAUGGCAUGUUUGGACUCAAAGUAAUUGAAAACUCGUAUGGCCCAGCAGACUUAGGACUUGUAGUUAAACAGUCUCUGGAUCGUGAAACUCGAAGUUCUUUCAGCAUGGCAGUAGUUGCCAAAGAUGGUGGUUAUCCACAAAGGUCAGGAUCUGUGACUAUCAAUGUUGUGGUUAGUGAUGUUAAUGACAAUCGACCACUAUUUGUGAAACAAGAGUUCAACGUCAGUGUUCCCGAGGAUACACCAGUGCAUACAGUCAUUCUAAUUCUGACCGCAACUGACCCCGAUGCUGAUGAAAAUGGCCAACUAGCUUACAAAUUCAGCGACCGCACUAGCGAAAGUGUUAAAAAUGUAUUUAAGAUUGAUAAAGACAGUGGUGAACUCUCCCCGAAGAGAAAGUUAGAUUAUGAAGAAGAAAAAGAAUAUCGUUUUAGAGUUGAAGUCAGUGAUCUUGGAAACCCAUCGCGAUCUUCACAGGCUACAGUCACUGUUCACAUCGCAGAUGUUGAUGACAAUGCCCCACAAAUUAUUAUCAAUAUGCCCCCAAGCAGCAAGGAUAUCUCUGAAGACACAGAACGCGGUACCUUCAUAGCCCACGUAUCUGUCUUUGAUGCUGAUAGUGGUAAUAAUGGCAAAGUAUCGUGCAAAAUCCAUGACGAUCAUUUUGUCCUUCAAAAGUUUUCAGAUUUUGACUACUACAAAAUUCUGCUGAACAGGUCACUGGACUAUGAAGAAUCCCCAACACAUACUGUAAACAUCACAUGCGAAGAUGGUGGUGUUGUACCUCGUAGAAAUUCAUCGUCAUUCACUGUGAAGGUGAAGGACGUUAAUGACAAUGCACCUUCUUUCAUAAGUGACAGAAUAAAUGCUCAUAUAAGGGAAAAUAACCGAUACAGUGAUAUUGUCACCAUUUUGACUGCAACUGACCCAGAUGGCCCAGGCAACAAUGAAGUUCGUUAUUCUAUCGUGAGUGAUCCAAGGGACUUAGUAAACCUAGAUUCAAGAUCAGGAGAGGUUCGUGCAUCAAAGAUCUAUGAUCGCGAAUCAAUGCCAUCAUUUACAAUAACUGUGAAGGCUGAAGAUGCUAAGGACAGUCGCUUGUCAUCUACAGCAGUUCUCAGUGUGUUCAUUGAUGAUGACAAUGACAAACCUCCACGAUUCACAGUGCCCUAUUUCCGUUUUUAUGUGUCCGAGAGCCAGCAUGCUAAUUCUGUCAUAGGCAAAUUGAAUGCCACAGAUCGUGAUGUCGACCAAAAUUUCUCCUUUUCAUUUUCUAAGAGCUCAAAUGUUUCACAAUAUUUCACCAUCGAUGCCGAGACUGGAAUAAUUAGAAACAAAAAGAGACUUGACAGAGAGGAUCAUCUCAGAUUUGACUUUGGUGUUAUCGUACGUGACCCAAAUAAUUCACAGUUUAAAGACAAAGCUAAUGUGACAGUAUUCAUUAAGGACUGGAAUGAUAAUACUCCGAUUGUCGUGUUUCCAAGUGACAUCAACAACACUGUGUAUGUACCGUAUCACCGAGCUGUCGGAAGCAUUAUUCUUGUUGUCAGAGCAUUCGACAAUGACACUGAAGACAAUGCAAAACUGACUUAUACAAUUGAACAGGGCAAUGACAAGGAACUCUUUUUCUUAAAUCUACAUUCUGGGGAGAUGUAUAUAGCAAAAGAAAUGCAUUCAUCAGAUGCUGGUACAUACAAACUUGUUGUAGCUGCACAUGAUUCAGGUGAACCUCAGUUGACAUCGUAUGCGAAUCUCAAUAUCAUCCUAACUUCAUCAAACGGCACUGUUCAGUUUAUUAAUGAUAACGAUGCCCACCAGUAUAUUGCCAUUGUAAUAACAUUAGUGUGUGUUACAUCCGUGUUGUGUGUGGCCGUCAUCAUAACAAUUUGCAUAAUCAAGAAAAUCGACAAAGAACGUCGACAGACAUUGAAGGAGAAGAUGCAGACCCAAGCUGCUUACACUGUGGACAAUGUUGAAACAGUGGAUACAGGAGUUUCACCAAAUAAACCAUAUGAAAAUGAAAUAGAUAAAUUGAAAAGGAAAAUUAAACGAGAACUUAGUUUUACUGUCGACGACUCCCAUGCAAUGGAUACCACAGCUGUCACAGGAGCAUCUUUCGCAACAUUCAAAAAUAUGACUUCAUAUUCCUCGAUAGACCAGAAAACCUUGGCUAAUCCGCAAGCCUGUAGCUCUGUGCUAACUAACAACACACAUACUCCUGAGCACACAAACUUGAAGAUGGCACAUUAUGCUGAAAAGAAGAGGGAAAUACAUAGAUUAGCAUCGGAAAGAAUACAAGAGCAUGACUGUGAUACUGCUCAUUGGCUGUCUGAAACUGAGGUUAAAAAGGCUGAUGAUGUAACAAGCGAGUUGUCUCAGGGGGCUGAAACAGAUAGUGGGAGGGGAUGUAGUGAGGAAGACUCCCAGAGUAAUCGUGGAUCAACUGUACCUCAUAGUGACUCUGACGAUGUGAAAUCUUACAGCCCGCGAUACCAGCCUGGCAGAGGUACCUACAUCCUGUCACGUGAUACUAGUCAUGACACAACACGAAGCACAAAUUCACAACUUAGUCUGAGGUCAGCCAUGAGUCCACGUCUUGGAGAAAUUCAAGGCAACCACUACCCCCGUAACAUCAGCUUUAGUGACGAUAGUGUGACAGCAAAUACCACUGUGGACGCAAAACGUAAAAAGAAGUUACAUGGAGACAAUAUACCAAUGCAAACAUUUGCUAGGAGUGAAAGAAAUGCUUCCCAGACACCCUAUCAUCUAAGGGCUAUGAAUCGUGUUCGAUUUACUGGACAUACGCCCAAUCAGGGAACGUUUAUUGAUAUUACCGAGAGUACACCAGGAAUGAGGUACUCUAUUGGUGAUAUGGAUGACGUGUUGUGCGACAGUGCAGUGACAAUGCACGAAGACGAUGAAAGGACAACCACGUCAGGUAGUUACACGAUUAAUGCUGAAGAAUUGUGCAAUGAAAUAGACAAUUUAUUCUUCAAAGACAUCAUUGUGUAGCCAGAAUAGUCCUUGAUUGUUCCGUGAAUGUGAUUUUCCGAGACACCAGGACUGGAAUUUUCGCAAGGGUUUUACAUUUGAUAGCCAGUCCAGUAUUACAUGAUCCCCAGCAGUUGACCUGUGUAGAGGCAUUGACAGCCUUCACGCGCCCUGCACAGAGUUCAACAUACAUUAUCCAUGCAUAAUUGGUGCUAUUUGUAUAAAUGGGUAUGAAUGGAGUGUGAAAUUGUAAAUAGUAAAAUUAUUUGUUGAAUGUAUUGAACUUAUUGUUUAUAGAUAUGAGAUUGUCUGUACAAAUCGCUGCUGCUGUUUGUGUUGAUUAAACCAUUUAUACCAUCGUUCAGUGUCAUGACAACAUUUUAACCUCUUAGUCGAUUUUAUUUUCUUUUUACAACUUUUGCAAAGUGAAUAUUACACUCUUGCAAAUGCCUUUCUUUUGUUUUGGUUUUUUUAUAUUUUGGUUUGUGAAGUAAAUUUGAAGCAUUGUGAGUAAAUUUCAUCAGAAAUUGGAAGUGAAAUUUUAACCAUAAAGACAAAUUACCAAGUAUAUAUUUAUUCUUUGUUGUCAAGGCAUAUUAGUUUGAGGUAAUGCUAUUUUUGUAUUGAAAGAUGUAUUUGAAGAGGAAUAUAAUGAUGCAAUAGUUGGCUUCUUCAAAGAAGUUGGUGUACUUAACAUAUGGAACAAGACGUGAUAUCAUUCAAAUUGCCAACAAUUUGGAUCAUUUUAAUCCAGAGUGCUAUUUUAUGAUGCCCGAGUAGUAGAUGUGUACAUAGAAAAUGUAUAUUGUACAAACUGUACAGAAUUUCCACCCAUUAAAAAUAUGAAAUAUA